AUGUCCCCAAUUUCCAUGACCAAAGGCAAUGGCGGCUCCGAGCCCGAGUCGUUCACUCAAAUGGCCGACAAAGACCUCGAGUCCAUAGGCCGCCACUGCCAAUACGAAUACUGCAACCAGCUCGAUUUCCUACCCUUUCGCUGCGAAUCCUGCCGUGGGACAUAUUGUCUUGACCACCGCACCGAAACCGCCCACCGCUGCCCGCAAGAAGGUGAGUGGGCGCGCCGCCGAAACGGAAACCGACAAUCUGCCAACAGCACGCCAACACAGAAACCCACCAUCUACAACUCCGAUCAGUGUGCGCACGUAUCAUGUAAAACCUUGAUCAAUACGUUCAAGGACCCUGGUGUUCGCUGCCCGGACUGCUCGAGAGAAUACUGUCUUAAACACCGCCUAAAGGAGGAACAUGAUUGCGCCAAGAUUGCCCCGCGACUAGGCAGCGGCGCAGCCGGGGCACCGAAUGAAACGAUCCGAUCAAUGUUCGCGCGUGUCCGCUCAUGGGGGAAGGAUAAGAGUCAGGUUGCUGCUACUGCCGCCGCCUCCGUGAAACCGAAGCCGAAGCCCAAUAGUCCUGCUGCGCGAGCUGUCCAAGUCAACGCCCUUAAGAAAGCGGCCAAGGGCGAUUCAAGUGUUCCUGCUGACAAGCGGGUGUACCUACAUGUUGUAGGAACAUCAGAGACGCAGGGAGUGGACCCACCGAAUGGGGACUUUUGGUUUGACUCACGGUGGAAGGUAGGGAGGGUGCUGGAUGAUGCGGCGAAGCGCUUGGGGGUCGAGAAUGUGAACAAUCGGGCUGGGGAGGAGGCACGGUUACGGCUGUUCCAUGUUGAUAGUGGGGAGUUUUUGGAGUUUUCGGAUGCGCUCGGAGCCGGGAAGGUGAAAUCGGGCGAUACUAUCGUUUUAUUGAGGGGUGCUGGAGUGAUGCUGGGGAAGUGA